AUGGUGAGUUGUGCAAUUGACCAAUACAAGGAAUUGGGGGUGACUUCGACUAUUGCUGACGAAUUGAAGAGAAAUAUAACGCUGGAGAUAGAAAAGCGUUUCGGCCAUCUUGAAUACAACAUGUUGUUAGCCGUUUCUACAUUGCUAGACCCGCGUUUCAAGAACUUGCAUUUUAAAAAACCGGAAGCUUGUGCGAAAGCAAUGUCUCGAAUUAGAAAAUUCAUUUCUGAAUAUAAAUCUGCCGUAACGGCUUCGUCAACUUCUUCAGAAGAUGAAGAAAAAGUUGAAUUUGAUUUUUGGAAGUACCACAAAUCUUUGACUCACACGCAGAUAAAAAGAAAAAAAACUGACGGUGACGAUGAACUCACGUUAUAUCUCUCUGCCCCUGUAAAUACUUUAAAAGUUAAUGUUCUUGAAACAUGGCAAGAGAUGCAGGGUGUAUAUCCGAAUCUUUUUAAAGUGGCAAUGUGUCAUCUACCGAUUGUAGCAACAUGUGUUCCAUCAGAACGUCUUUUUUCGAAGGCAGGAGCUACUAUAACCCAGAGCCGAAGCAGACUUUCUAUGUUAUUAUUUUUAAGUUCAAUAGCUGGUACAAAAUACUGGAAUUAA